GUGAGAACGCGACGAACCAUCACUUGCAUAUUGUAGCCUGUUCUCGUUCCUGCACUGCUGGGGAGGUUAUAUGCGCGUUUUGCAACGGUUUGACUAGCACUCACGAGCCAUUUACGAUGGUAGAGGCGUGCAAUCUUCGUUUUUCGCUACACUUCGUUCCUUCUAUAUGCCAGCACGCUGAUAGCAGUGGAUGGUCUGAGCAAGCUGUAAUUCGCUUCUAAUCAGGAAAGUGCCCGUUUGAUUUGGGAUCUUGUUCUAAGAAGAUGUAAGGACCAGUAAGCUUUCCCCUCUCCAGUAUCCUGUUCACAAAAAUGCAGAAGGGAAUCCGACUUAAUGAUGGCCAUAUAACCUACCUGGGUCUUUUGGCAAAGAAAGAUGGUACAAGACGAGGCUGUUUGAGCAAAAAGAGCUCCGACAACACAAAAUGGCACACCAAGUGGUUUGCUCUAUUACAAAAUAUGCUUUUUUAUUUUGAGAGCGAGUCAAGCUCGCGACCUUCGGGGUUGUACCUGUUGGAAGGCUGCGUGUGUGACAGGUCGCCGUCACCCAAACCCUCGCUCUCUGCCAAGGAGUGCUUAGAAAAACAGUACUAUUUCACAAUCAGUUUCAACCAUGAGAAUCAGAAAGCCCUGGAACUUCGCACUGAAGAUGUGAAAGACUGUGACGAAUGGGUGGCAGCAAUAACCCACGCCAGCUACAGGAACCUGGCCACGGAGCAUGAGGCUCUUAUGCAGAAGUAUCUACAUCUACUCCAAAUCGUGGAGACCGAGAAAACGGUUGCUAAGCAACUUCGACAACAGAUAGAGGAUGGGGAGAUCGAGAUUGAACGCUUAAAAUCUGAGAUUGCUGGACUGCUCAAAGACAAUGAGAAGAUCCAGACCAACCCCACCACAGCACCCAGUGAGGAUGACUCUGAAAUCAAGAAAAUCAAGAAAGUGCAGAGCUUCUUGCGGGGUUGGAUGUGCCGGCGGAAGUGGAAGACCAUCAUCCAGGACUACAUCCGCUCUCCGCAUGCCGAGAGCAUGAGGAAGAGGAACCAGGUGGUCUUCAGCAUGCUGGAGGCUGAGGCUGAGUAUGUCCAGCAGCUGCACAUCCUUGUCAACAAUUUCCUGCGGCCACUUCGCAUGGCCGCCAGCUCCAAGAAGCCGCCUAUUACCCACGACGAUGUCAGCAGCAUCUUCCUCAACAGUGAAACCAUCAUGUUUUUACACCAGAUAUUCUACCAAGGCCUGAAAGCACGGAUAGCAAGCUGGCCAACAUUAGUCUUGGCUGACCUCUUUGACAUUCUGCUACCCAUGCUAAACAUCUACCAGGAGUUUGUACGCAAUCACCAGUACAGCCUGCAGAUCCUGGCACACUGCAAGCAGAACCGUGACUUCGACAAGCUGCUCAAACAGUACGAGGCCAAGCCUGACUGUGAGGAGCGCACCCUGGAAACCUUCCUCACCUAUCCCAUGUUCCAGAUUCCACGUUACAUUCUGACUCUCCAUGAGCUGUUGGCACACACGCCCCAUGAGCAUGUAGAGAGGAACAGUCUGGAUUAUGCCAAGUCCAAGCUGGAAGAGCUCUCCAGAAUCAUGCAUGACGAGGUGAGUGAGACUGAGAAUAUCAGGAAGAACCUGGCCAUUGAACGCAUGAUUGUGGAAGGCUGUGAGAUUCUCCUGGACACCAGUCAGACUUUUGUCAGACAAGGAUCCCUCAUCCAGGUACCCAUGAGCGAGAAAGGGAAGAUCACCCGCGGUCGUCUGGGCUCCCUGUCUCUGAAGAAGGAGGGCGAGAGACAAUGUUUCCUCUUCUCCAAGCACCUGAUUAUCUGCACACGGGGCUCCGGAGGGAAGCUGCACCUCACCAAGAACGGAGUGGUAUCACUUAUUGACUGCACACUGAUUGAGGACCCAGAGAACACAGACGAUGAGUCAAAAUCAGACAAGAGCGGCCAAGAUCUGGAGCACCUGGACUUCAAGAUUGUGGUGGAGCCCAAAGACACCCCAUCCUUUACCAUCAUUCUGGUGGCCUCUUCACGGCAAGAGAAGUCAGCCUGGACCAGUGACAUUAGCCAGUGCAUAGACAACAUUCGCUGCAAUGGGCUCAUGAUGAAUGCCUUUGAGGAGAAUUCAAAAGUCACUGUGCCACAGAUGAUCAAGUCCGACACCAGCCUCUACUGCGAUGAUGUGGACAUACGCUUCAGCAAGAUGAUGAACUCCUGCAAGGUGCUGCAGAUUCGUUACGCCAGCGUGGAGCGUCUGCUAGAGCGCCUCACUGACCUGCGCUUUCUCUCCAUCGACUUCCUCAACACCUUCCUGCACUCCUACCGUGUGUUCACCACCGCCGACGUUGUGCUCGACAAACUCAUCGCCAUCUACAAGAGGCCCAUCAGCGCCAUCCCAGCCCGAUCACUGGAACUGUUCUUUGCCAGCAGCCAGAACAACAAGCUCCUGUAUGGCGAGCCGCCCAAGUCUCCCCGGGCCAGCCGCAAAUUCUCCUCUCCGCCCCCAUUGGCCAUGGCCAAGACGUCCUCUCCCAACCGACGCCGCAAGCUCUCCCUCAACAUCCCCAUCAUCACGGGCGGGAAGGCGCUGGACCUGGCCGCCCUCAGCUGCUCCUCCAAUGGAUAUGCAAGCAUGUACUCAGCCAUGUCCCCAUUCAGCAAGACCACGCUGGACAUCAACAAGCUCUACGUCUCCAGCCCCAUCGCCAGCAAGAUCUCAGAUGAGGGUGAGGCCAAGGGGGAUCGGGCAGAGGACUCCUCGCUGGCCAAACAGGAUAUUUCGGUGAAGGAGGAGAGUGACAGCGAGCAGGCCCAGAGUGACGAGGCUGAGACUGAGGCCUCGCCCACCAAGUCACCCACCACCCCAAAGAGCGUCAAGUGCAAAAACUCCUCAGAAUUUUCACUAUUCUCCUACAACAACGGCAUGGUGAUGUCAUCCUGCCGAGAACUGGACAACAACCGUAGUGCACUCUCUGCAGCUUCUGCCUUUGCUAUUGCCACAGCUGGUGCCAACGAGGGUACACCAACCAAGGAGAAGUAUCGCCGCAUGUCUUUGGCUAGCACAGGGUUCCCCACAGACCAGAGGAAUGGAGAUAAGGAGUUUGUGAUUCGCCGGGCAGCAACUAAUCGAGUUCUCAAUGUCCUGAGGCACUGGGUAUCCAAACAUUCCCAGGACUUUGAGACCAACAUGGAGCUAAAGAUGAAGGUGAUCAGCUUCUUGGAGGAGGUUAUGCAUGAUCCCGAGCUACUGACCCAGGAAAGAAAAGCAGCAGCAAACAUCAUAAGGACACUCACUCAAGAGGACCCUGGUGACAAUCAGAUCUCUCUGGAGGAGGUACUGCAGAUGGCUGAGGGGGGAAAGGCAGAGCCCUUUGAAAAUCAUUCAGCUCUGGAGAUCGCAGAGCAGCUUACACUGCUGGAUCACCUCGUGUUCAAGGUCAUCCCAUAUGAGGAGUUCUUUGGCCAAGGCUGGAUGAAAACAGACAAGAAUGAAAAGACACCCUACAUCAUGAAAACAACAAAGCACUUCAAUGAUAUAAGCAACUUGAUCGCCUCGGAGAUCCUGCGCUGUGAGGAUGUGAACACGCGGGUGGCAGUGAUGGAGAAGUGGGUGGCCGUAGCCGACAUCUGCCGCUGUCUCCAUAACUACAAUGCCGUUCUGGAGAUCACCUCCUCCCUCAACCGCAGUGCCAUCUUCCGCCUCAAAAAGACAUGGCUCAAAGUCUCCAAACAGACAAAAACGGUCAUUGACAAGCUUCAGAAAUUGGUGUCAUCUGAGGGAAGGUUCAAGAACCUAAGAGAAGCUUUGAAAAAUUGUGACCCUCCUUGCGUGCCGUACUUGGGAAUGUACCUCACAGACCUGGCAUUCAUAGAAGAGGGUACCCCAAACUACACAGAGGACAACCUUGUUAACUUUUCUAAGAUGAGAAUGAUCUCUCAUAUCAUCAGAGAAAUAAGGCAGUUUCAACAAACAGCAUACAAGAUUGAUCAUCAGCCAAAGGCAGCCCAGUAUUUGCUGGACAGUAGCAAUGUGUUGGAUGAAGAAAGCAUGUAUGAAGCCUCACUCAGAAUUGAGCCCAAAGUGCCCAACUGAGAAGAAGGCUUUUCUUAAGGCCUACACAACGUACAGCCUGUUUAUCAUGUGCUCACACACAGUACCAUGUCUUAGGUUAUGUAGUACAUAUUACUUCCGUAUCUGUAACUUUGUUUCUAGUAGUUAAAAGCACCUAAACAUUUCCUGUUUUCAUUGAGGAGUUGGAAAUAUAUUAAUUUGCAUUUCUCCUGUUGUACAUAAUCCCACUUUUCUCUUUAUAACAGCAUUUUUCUGACACCAAAAAGAGAUAUAUGUAUAUUCAAAACGAUAUUCUUUUAAAUGUUAUUCUCUCCUUCUCUCCCGGGGUCUCACUACUGAAUUUAAGGUCAUAUGUAAGGUUUGGUUGUCUCUGUUAUUGCAGCCUAAAGUGAUAGCCUUCUGGAUGAAUUUAUACCUUAUUUCUGAUGAAAUACACAAUGCUAAAACAGAUACUUUGACCAAACAAAUUUUGAUAGAUGCAUGGAACUUAUCUGUAUGCAUACCAUGUAGCAAAGAGAAACUCAGAUAUGAUACUACUGUAUACAAGCAAGCAUAUCAAGACAUUUAUAUUGGUUAUAAUAGGUGUAUUCCAAGGUUGAUGUUGCCAUAACUAAACUGAUGCCACUAUACACAUUUUAUCGUUUGGGUGUACACGUAUGUGAUUAUUACAUAUUGCCACCACUCGGGAUUGUUUGUACCUGUAAUGUCUACCAUGGUACUAUCCGCUGUGGCAUAUUUAACAUUUCAAAUGUUUAGGCAUGAUCUGAUGAUGAAGGCAGUGUACAUUUUGCCGGCAUUAGAGAAAUGAAUGAAUUGCUCUCAUCGGUUAAGGUUUCUGACCGUUGUUGCAUGCAAAAUAUGUCAUUAUAUAGCCUUUUCACCUCUCCAAAACUUUAUUGCAGUUCUGUGAAACAAUUCCUUUUAUGAGAAUGUAGUCUCUUUUUUUCCUGGGAUAAAAUGAAGAAUUGCUUAUUCAAGAGUCACCAUUUUCAACAAGGGAACUGCUUGUAUGGCAUUAGAUAUGACUAUUUUUGGAAACUUGUUUAAAAAAAUGUAAAAGCUGCCCUCACAACCUCCCUCCUCUACAUUUGAAAAUGACAUGAGACUGAUCAAAUAAAAAUAUAUAAAUAGAUAAAUAAAUAAAAGCCAGUGUACUCUGCUAGGGCUGAAACAGUCUGCCCAUGCCAGAACAUCCAGCUAUUGUAUAUUAACAGACAAUUUAUGUCCUUCUUGCUGUUCCCGUGAUUGUGGAACGUGACUGUAUAUCACUUUGUAAAAUGCAUUGUCGUUUAAGAGUAUGAUCAAAACAAUUGAAUGAAUCUCUACGCCUGCAACAUACAAAAAAGGUAUUUUUGUAGUCCUAGAAUAAAGAAAUAGGAUUCUGCAUCCUUACCAGAAAAUUAUCAAAAAAUAAGAAAAAAGAGGGGGAAACAGAAAUGUAUUUUGUACAAAUUCACCACACAGAAACAUAUUCUGUAUAUUUUGUACAUGCAGCCCCACAUAUUUCUUAAUGUGUACUAGUGUAAAGCACACUUCUUUGAAGCAUUGUGUCCUAAGCUUACACACUCAAUGCUAAGCGAUUUGUGAUUUUGAAACCAUGAUAUAGAGGUAGAAGACUUUAAAGUGUUUUGCAUAUACUGUAAUCCUGUCUAUAACCUUUCUCUUAGCAGGAAUAUAGUAAUGUAGUGCUUAUUCUGUGAAUAUUUGUAUGUAUUUUUACUAUGUACAGUCUAGAACCACACUAAAUGCUCAAAUGGCAGGCAUGCAACACUGUAUCAACCAGAAACUUUAAAAAGGACAUAUUAUAUAUAGAUCUAUAUAUACAUACUGUAUACACAUCUACGUGCACAUACUCUUAUACAUGAUAUAUAAACAGACAAACAUUUUGCUGUUAGCAAUACCCAGUGGUAUGAGAAUUAUCUUUCAACCCUUAAGUUUAUUUCCACGGCUUGAGAAAUAUUUCCAGUUUUGUAAAAAAAGAAAAAGAAAAAAAGGAGAAAAUAAAUUGUAUGUUUCCUGAUUACCUCUUGCUAAUAAAUCUAUUCUAUCUCAGGGGGA